AUGCGUGUACACAACCCAAGGCACCGCCCUUCUCUUUCAUUGGCGCCGAAUAUGGAACCAGCAGACUCAACGGCCUCGAUCAUUCAAGAGUCGCAAAACCCAACUGAUGAUGCCUUGAAAUUGGUGAUUGUCUGUGUUGGCUUGCCCGCUCGUGGUAAGAGCUAUAUUACGAAGAAAUUACAGCGUUAUUUAAAUUGGAUGCAAUAUAAUACAAAGAUUUUCAAUGUCGGUAACAUGAGAAGGCAACUUAAAGUCACGCCCAGCAAAUACCCAAUCCAAGGGCCAACCGUCGACCAUUCUACACCAAUACCCAACCUGACUCCAUCUCCUUGUAUAUCCAAAAACCAUUCAUUUACAACCCCCGAAAGAGAACACCGUCCAAGUGUUGACGAGAAUGAUAAACAUGAUGGGAAUGACGAUGUUGGCACAUUACAUGAUUCAAGUAUAUUUGACCAUUCCAACAAGGAAAACUUCCAAAUGCGAGAGCAAUGGGCAAAGGAGACAUUGGAUCAACUGUUGGAUUACUUAUUAUCCGAUGAUGGGAAUGUUGGUAUUUUCGAUGCUACCAACACUACAAAGGCCAGAAGGAAAUGGAUUGUUGAAACAAUCAAUAAGAGGACAAAGGGAUCUGUGAAAAUAUUAUUCUUGGAAUCCAUAUGCACCGAUACCGAACUCAUUGAGAAAAAUAUUAGGUUAAAAUUAAGUGGACCAGAUUAUAAAAAAAUGGAUCCCGAGAAGGCCCUAUUAGAUUUUAGGAAGAGACUAUAUAAUUAUGAAAAAGUUUAUGAAACUAUAGACGAAUCUGAAGAAUUAGAAAAUGAGAAAUUCGACAUUCAAUACGUUAAAAUUAUAAAUGCCGGUAAAAAGGUUAUUUCUUAUAAUAUCAGUGGAUAUUUGGCAUCUCAAUGUGUUUUUUUCCUAUUAAAUUUCAACUUGACAGAUCGUCAAAUAUGGUUGACUGCAAAUGGUGAAUCCAUUGACAACGUUCAAAAUAAACUUGGUGGUGACUCGGAUUUGACCAAAUCGGGCAUUGCAUUUGCUAAGGCUUUACCAAAAUUCAUAUCUCAAAAAAGACAAGAAUUCAAAUUGAGGCAAUAUAAUAAAGAGUUUAUUAAUGAUACAAGUACAUUUAAAACUAAUCCAAACCUAACCAACAAAAGUUUUAAUAUAUAUACUUCAACUUUAAAACGAACAAUUGAAACUGCCCACUAUUUUCCAAAGGAUGAAUAUUUUUUCAAGAGUUUUAAAAUAUUGAAUGAUUUAGGCUGUGGUAUAUUUGAAUCAAUUACAGAAGACGAUUUCCGAUACUUACAUCCCGAUGAAUAUAUGGCAUCUCUAGAAAACAAGUUGUCUUAUAGGUACCCUGGUUUAGGUGGGGAAUCGUACCUUGAUGUUAUCAGUAGAGUUAGACCUAUCAUUGUUGAAAUUGAAAGAUUAAGAGAUCAUGUGUUGAUUAUAUCCCAUAGAGUCAUUAUUAGAGUUUUAUUAUGCUAUUAUAUGAAUCUCAAUAAGGAGAUGUUGACCGAAUUAGAUGUUCAACAUAAUUAUGUUUAUUGUGUCGAACCAAAACCUUAUGGCUUAGAUUUGAAAAUUUGGCAAUAUGAAGAAUUGACAAAUAUGUUUAUUGAAGUCGAUGUUGCUGAAAUAAUGAAAAGAAAACGUAAACGUAAAUCUUUAGUAGUGAAUGAUGUUGAAAGAUUAAGAAGAUUAUUAAUCAGGCAUAGCGCCACAAUCAACUAUGAUUCCGAUGAUAUACUAACAACAGAGAGAAGCGAUAAUGGCGAUUCAAGUGACGAAGAAACCGAAUCCGAAACUGAAUCUGAAGAAAACUCGACCGAUUCCGUGUCCAGAAUAAAUUCAAGGAAUUCUCCAUUACAGAGAAGAACUUUAUCUGAAAAGUCGGAAUCUCAGCCUUAUGAAUUUGCUAAAGCCAGUAGUACCGAUUUGAAGGCAUUAGCACAAGUUAACAAUCUUAAAACAAAGUCCUUAAGUAAUGCAAGUCUUCAGUCAUUAGGUAGUGGGAAUCAGCAGAGUUGCACAAGUUUAUCAAGUCUAACCAACUUAAGGAAACAUUUAAGGGGUAGCUCCUCCGACUUGAGAAGCUUGCCAGCACAAGCAAACAAAGGUAUACAAUUCCAUUCCCCAACAAGUCCGAUUUUGACUCCAUCAUUAACCCCGGCAAUAACUUUAUCAAGGAAAAAUUCCUAUAAACAUAUCAAAAAGCCAAGCAUUGACUGGGAUUUAUUUGAUCACAAUGUUGAGACAGACGAAAAUUUAUUGGUCAAUAGUCACCGUAAUAGUGGUACAAGCAUGCAUUCCAAGUUACAAUUAAGUGAAUCUGCUAGUAGUGGUACUAGUAGCACGACCCCUGCUUCCACUGUUUUGGAUGCAGAGGUCGAUUUGAUUAUGUCCAAUCCACAAUUACUGGAUAGGAUCCUUCAAAGACUGAAUUCGGCCUCCUAA